GCCCAAGCUCCCUCAAUUAGGGGGGAAUCCUUUUUGACUUCAUUCACUCGAAGGAAACGUUUCUGCAAAUUUAUUUCGCACCUUAAAAUACGGUCUAUUUUCACCAUGACUGACAGCAAUGUGUUCCGAGCUACUACGACUGCCCCAGUAAACAUUGCGGUCAUUAAAUACUGGGGAAAGCGCGAUGCGACGUUGAACCUACCCACAAAUUCUUCUCUCUCUGUCACCCUCUCUCAACGCUCUCUUCGCACCGUAACCACGGCAUCAUGCUCUCCCAACUACCCCGCCACUGAAGGUGAUACACUCACCCUCAACGGUAAACCCGAAAAUAUCCAAGCCUCCAAGCGAACACUCGCCUGUCUCUCAAGUCUGCGCGCACUACGCAAGGAACUCGAAUCUGCAGACCCAUCUCUCCCAAAGCUUUCCUCAUACCCACUCCGCGUCGUAUCAGAGAACAAUUUUCCAACGGCCGCUGGUCUAGCAAGUUCUGCUGCAGGAUUUGCUGCGCUCGUUCGCGCCAUUGCAGAUUUGUAUGAGCUCCCUCAAUCACCGACUGAGCUCAGUCGUAUCGCCAGACAAGGCUCGGGUUCUGCCUGCCGUUCCUUGCAAGGCGGAUACGUCGCCUGGCGAGCCGGUGUUAAGGAAGAUGGAAGCGAUAGUCUCGCCGAAGAAAUCGCGCCAGCGUCUCACUGGCCCGAAAUGAGAGCUCUCAUCUUGGUAGUCAGUGCCGAGAAGAAGGACGUGCCCAGUACAACCGGUAUGCAGACCACUGUCUCUACCUCGCCUCUCUUCGCGACUCGCGCAGAACACAUUGUGCCCCGCCGAAUGACCGGUAUGGAAGAAGCCAUUACCAAGCGGGACUUUGCUGCUUUCGCUGAUUUGACUAUGCGAGAUUCGAACAAUUUCCAUGCUGUUUGUUUGGAUUCUGAACCACCCAUUUUCUAUUUGAAUGAUGUGUCGCGCGCUGCUAUUCGGUUGGUAAAUGAUAUCAAUCGACUAGCCGGUAAGACCGUUGCUGCUUAUACCUUUGACGCCGGUCCGAAUGCUGUUAUUUACUACCUUGACGAAGUCUCUGAGCUCGUCGGGGGAACGUUCAAGACUAUCUUGGGUGGUGAAUUGGAAGGGUGGGAAGGUCCAUUCGGAGAUAGACUCAAGGGUGUAUCUGCCGGAGUUGAUUUGAAUAGUUUGGAUUCAAGGGCUAUUGAGGUCUUGAAGACUGGGAUUAGUCGUGUUAUUCUUACUGGAGUUGGUGAAGGUCCUCAAAAGAUUGAUACUCAUCUGGUCAGUGAGAAGGGUGAUAUCUUGAGCUUGGAGAAGUAGGAGUAGUUCGUUUUGUGCAUCAUGCUUAUUUCUUUUGUUGCGCGUUUCCUUCUCAGACGUAAAUACUUACAUAGAUACU